GAGUGGACGCAAGUUCCGUUUGGAAGUUUUGAGAGAACGGCAACCCCGGAUACCACCCGGAACUGAGAAGACUCGGAAGCAGAAGCCGAUCUGCAGGAUGCGUGGCCUCGUGUGUCUAGUGCUGGCGGCCUUGACCGUGGCCGUGAGUGGUCAGUUCGAUACGCACCAGUGGGCCGACCGGAGCGGCAUCGUGCAUCUGUUCGAGUGGAAGUGGAACGACAUUGCGCAGGAGUGCGAGAACUACCUGGCCCCGCACGGGUUCGCCGGCGUGCAGGUAUCCCCGCCGACCGAGAAUGCCAUCGUGCUGAGUCCGUUCCGGCCGUGGUGGGAGCGUUAUCAGCCAAUCUCGUACCAUCUGAAUACGCGGUCCGGAAGCGAGGCCGAGUUCGCGUCGAUGGUGCGCCGUUGCAACAACGUCGGCGUGCGGAUCUACGUCGAUCUGGUCAUCAACCAUAUGGCGGCUAUCAGCACGAACGGCGGAACGGGUGGUUCGACGGCCAACGCCGGCGGCAUGAGCUUCCCGGCCGUGCCGUACAGCGUGACCGACUUCAACCCGGUCUGCUCGAUCUACGACUACAACAACCCGAACGAGGUGCGCAACUGUCAGCUCGUGGGCCUGCCGGAUCUGAACCAGGGUGUCCAGUGGGUUCGGGACCGUAUUGUUGAUCUGAUGAACAAGAUGGUCGGGUACGGAGUGGCCGGGUACCGCGUCGAUGCCGUCAAGCAUAUGUGGCCGGGCGAUCUGCAGGCGAUCUACAGCCGCAUGAACAAUCUGCCAACGGACCAUGGGUUCCCGCCGAACGCACGGCCCUUCAUCACGCAGGAGGUAAUCGAUCUGGGCGCUGAGGCGAUCACCAAGUACGAGUACACGCAUCUCGGAACGGUCACGGAGUUCCGCUUUUCGGCCGAGAUUGGUCGGGCGUUCCGCGGCCACAACCAGCUCCGCUGGCUCGUCAACUGGGGACCCGAGUGGGGCUUCCUGCAGUCCCACUUGGCCCUGGUGUUCGUCGACAAUCACGACAACCAGCGGGGUCAUGGGGCGGGCGGUGACGAAGUGCUCACGCACAAGGUGCCGAAGAACUACAAGAUGGCGAGCGCCUUCAUGUUGGCCCACCCGUUCGGUAUCGUGCGCAUCAUGAGUUCGUUCACGUUCAACGAUGGCGACCAAGGACCACCGCAGGAUGCCGCCGGUAACCUGCUGUCGCCCACGUUCAACGCGGACGGCUCGUGCGGCGGUGGCUGGGCGUGCGAACAUCGGUGGCGUCAGAUCACCAACAUGGUCGGCUUCCGGAAUGCCGUCUCUGGCACGGGGUUGAACGAUUGGUGGGACAACGGUGGCAACCAGAUUGCGUUCUGCCGGGGUGGCCGCGGGUUUGUCGCCUUCAACCUGGAGGGAUACGACCUGAACCAGAGCCUGCAGACGUGCCUGUCGGCCGGCACCUACUGCAACGUGAUUUCGGGCAGCAAGUCCGGGAAUAGUUGCACCGGUACAACCGUCACCGUCGGUGGAGACGGUCGGGCCAACAUCUUUAUUGCGGCCAACGCCGAGGACGGUGUCCUGGCGAUCCACGCCAAUGCGAAGCUGUAAGCAUCGACCACUCUUGAAUGCUGGUGUCCACCCGGCAAGACUUACGAACUACGUCCUACGGACUUCUUAAUUAAUAAAAAGCAUUAAACACAA